UUAUCAACGUAAAUGUCACCUCUAUCAUAUCCACAACAAUAAGAAAUUGGCUCAAAUUUUUUUUAAUCUAUUCUGCAAAAGAAAGUUUCUAGUAAAAAAUAAUAUAGAAGAGAUUCAUCGCCAGAACUAUGGCUCAAACAAAUGAACUUAACUUUAAAGGAACUAAGACUUCAGAAAAAAUAUCUGAAAACAUACAUAUUUUUGCAAAUGACCCGUCACUGGCUUUUUUUCGGAUUCAGGAACACAUUCGUAAGGUACUACCUCCAAUUCUAGAGAAACGAACUGAAGUACUUAGUUUACAAAGCAGCUUGCAAGGACAUUGCUAUGACAUGGAGUACGGUGUUCAAGCUUUAAAGUCAAUUGAAAAAUCAGAUAGCUAUUUCCAUAAUAUACAGGAAAUGAUAAAAACAUCAAUUUUUCUGAAACAACAACUUAAGUAUGAGGAAAAUAAAAAAAGGACGAAAAGAGACAGCGUAAAAAACUCGGUUUAUAAAAGAUUUUCAGCCCACCUAGCAUUAGAUCUUCCAGAUUUACCCGACUUUAGUGUUGUGAUGCGGGACACUACUCAACGAAUGGAAACAAUUAUUGCACCAGGCCAAGCGCGGGUUGAAACUUCAACUUCCCAAUCUAGUUCAGGCGAACUGCAAAGGUCCCAUACCACAUUGCACUGAAGUAUGUCUAAAAUUUUGUAAUUACAAACUCAUAUAUACAUAGCAUACUAAUCAAAAUAAACUUAUCAAUAGCUACACGUUGUAAUUUAUUCCAUAUAUAUAUAGUUAAUGAUUUCCCUCACAAAUUACGUAGUAGUACGUAGACUAAGAAGUUAUUUGUUUUUAGAAUUUAUUAAGAUGCGGAAAAUAAAUCGAUUUGAGUUAAAUAGA